CUAACUCACGGGAAAACCUUCAAAUUCAAUCAUCGAUCACAGAGCAUAAGCUCUGUUAAUUCCAACCCACAAUCUGUUACAUUUUGUUUUUGGAGGUAUUAGUAUUAAAAUAUCAAUCACUCACCAACCACAUGUUGCUAAACUAACUACACCUAUAAAUUAAGGCACAGAACAGAGCACAUCAAAUUUCAGUGCCACAAAAUGAGAGCCCAUUUGAUCCUCUUCUUGUUCCUUCUUGUCUUAGCCAAUCCACAAUCCGCUUCUUCAGUUCCUCAAACACAUAACCAACUGACCCCAAAGAAAAUACCUGACAAUGAAACCAUAUACAAGGUCUCAAAACAGCUAUGUUGGGGCUGCAUUGGUGAAUCACUAGAGUUUUUAUUCAGGCACAACAUGGUGAGAGCAGCCAAAUGGGAAUCUCCACUGAUGUGGGACUUCCAGCUCCAGAGCUACGCGCGGUGGUGGGCCGGUCAGAGAAAACCAGAUUGCAAGGUGGAGCACUCUUUCCCGGAGAAUGAUUUUAAGCUAGGAGAGAACAUAUUCUGGGGCAGCGGCUCCGCGUGGACGCCGACGGAUGCGGUGAAAGCUUGGGCUGAUGAAGAGAAAUAUUAUACCUAUGCCACUAACACAUGUGAAGAGGGUCAAAUGUGUGGGCAUUACACUCAGAUUGUGUGGAAGAACACCAAGAGAGUUGGGUGUGCAAGAGUUGUGUGUGAUGAUGGAGAUGUGUUCAUGACUUGUAAUUAUGACCCUGUGGGCAAUUAUGUUGGAGAACGCCCAUAUUGAAUUGCUGAAAUUAAAUGAAUGUAGAUGUGAUUCCUUGUGACACUUUUAACAUACACAUACAUGAAUGUGUAUGUCUCAAAUGUGUCGCCAGAAAUUAUGCAUGUCUAUAUAUAAGCUCAUUAAAUUAUUACAA